AUGUUUAUCUCUUGGAACAAGGUUUAUUGCCUAUUCCCAUUGCCUACCAUCAAACGACACAAGUUCUUCUUCGUGAGACCUGCUGAUGGUAUCAGGGGCGACACACCACGGGAAUAUAAAGCUGCUGGUUGGACAACACGAGACUUUGUAUGGCCUGACGAAGCUCCUGAACUCAUCCCUCGAGAAGCACUACAACAGAUCGGCGGACAAAGGUCCCUCAUUAUAGACCUUACCGAUCCCCCAAUAGGAGAGUUUACUCCAGAUUAUGUUCUUGAGAGCGGCGUGUUUUCAAUAAACUGGGCGGUGGCCAACUUCGAUGGCCAUUACAUCUUGAGUGUUGGCGUACAUCAGUCAUUCACGAGGGUGGCACUGCGAUACAUCAAUACCACCGGACUCACAGGCAUAGCGCAACAAUCAUGGCAUGAGUUCUUGCAAUCAAGAGUGAGGCUUUGGGUAUAUAUGGAACUUCGCAAGAUGGAUCCCAUCGACAUGCCUGCUUGCAACCACUUGAACAUCUGGUACAAGUGUCCCAUAGUGGAGGAGAAAGGAGACAGGUCUAGUCCUGCUACCUCCGGCUCCCGUGGCGAACCCAGGAUUCUCAUUAUGAGUGUCUAG